AAUCAUACAGCAACUUUCCAGCCCUCAGUCAGCUCAGUGGAUCUUUACGGAGUUCAAACAGUCACUAACGCAACCUCCAUUAAAUUUCGGAGCUAACUUAAGCUUUCAGAGCUCAGUUGAUACUAUCGGAAACACUUCCAACAUUUAAAGAAAGUCAGUUCGUAUUGUCUUGCUGUUUUAGUUUUGAAAAUGGAAAAUCUUGAUUUAGUCAACCGAGAUCCCAACAACAUCAACGAUCACGUCGGGGUUGAAUUUGAAGAUGUCUUGGCCGAACCUGAUGGUGCUCACAGUAUAGAUUGUGUUUGGAAAGCUUCUUAUUGUUGUUUUAAUUUCUGGAAGAAUUUCUGGUAUAAAUUAGCUACUCUAUGUUGUGGAAUCUGUAUAGCUGCUGAAUGGGGCUGUGAAUUUGCUAGUAUCGCCUUUACUCAUGUUUGGUUUAUUACUCCAUUAUUUAAAGUAUUAGAAAUAGAAUGUGGCUGUUUAAAGAAAUUUUAUGGAAUGUGUGUCCAUUGUUGUUUAGAUCCAUGCUGUGAAUCUUUAGGACUCAUGUUUAGUGCAUUUAAAAAGGAAUAAGGCAUCGAAAUUAACCAUUUCGACCACCAAAACCAGACAAUUUUCGAACUCUUUUGAAUCAUAAAUCAAAAGGGAAAACUGUAUUUUGCUUUUCAAAAGUUUAAAGUUAAAUUUCUGCUUCGUAUGGCCUGAUUACUCCUUUGGAUACCCGAUACCUGUUUGUGAUUUGGCUUCUCGUCUCGGCUUUGUUUUAUUGUAUUUAGCCUACGGGCCGUUUUUGUGAUAUUUUUUUUAGUAAUUUUCAGUUCUGUAUUAUUAAUUUAUUAUAUUUUAAUAUUAAAUCUAUUUAUUGAUAAAAUUUCUUAUAUUUCUUGAAAAUUUGAUCAAGAUACUACCAUAUUAGAUCUAACGACAGGGCGUAAGAAAAUUUGUGAAA